AUGAACGAUCAAUAUUUCAUCACAUUCACGACAACCAAGGCUAAGGACUCAUAUGCUAUUCUCGACUCUAGAUAUCUUAUUCGACUUUUGUCAGCAGGAGUUCCUCCACUUCGGGCAGUAAAAGUAAUGAAUGGAAUGCCAUGCUACCUCGUCUACACUGGGUAUAUUUUCAAUGGGCUUUGCAAAAAAUUUGGUAUCAAGCCGGAUAAGUAUGAAUCUAGGAAGAAACUGCUCAUGAGUCUCCCGGUACAGGAACUUGAAAAAAUGACAUGCUGUAACAUUUAUCUCUGCCCAAAGGAUCACUUGGUUGCCGUUAUGGGUCCAAUUCGAGGAAUGAAGCUAGUCAGGAAGAUUGUGGAAGACUGCAUUGUUCAUAAUAUGCCUCCGGCACCUCGUGUAAGGAGGCUUGCAAAUUACAUUCAAGCGAUUAAAGGUGUUGAGGCGUUGAGGUUAUGA